GUGUGCUAUAGAGGGGGUGAUGGUUUUUGCAGAUGAUUGUGAAAUCAUCUGUUGAGUAAAGAUUGAAACAUAUUGAAUUACUACAAAAUUAGUAAGGGUUUGUUGUAUUUAAUUCGAUAUUAAACACAGCAAGUAUUAUGCCGCGUAAAAAGGGAAAUAGAAAGGCGAGGGGUGAUGACGAUGAAGACGAUGGUGUAGUUGUAGAACGAACAGAGGAAGUGAAGGCCAACAGCACAACCGAUUCAGCAGGGAAAGGAAAGAAAAGAGAUAAGAAGAAAGGAAAGAAAGGAAAGCCAGUAAAACAGAUUGAUAAUAGUGAUGACGACGACAAAAUUAAAAAACGACUAGAUCAGCUUGCUUUACAAGAUGAUGAUGAUGAGGAAGAUGAAGAUUAUGUGCCUCCAUCUUCAAAAGGCAAAGGUGGAGGAUUUGCGCUUUUGGGUGAUAUGGAGGAAGAGAUGGCUGAUGAUGCAGAUGAAGAGAACAAUGCAGAGGAUGAGAAUAAAGAAAAGGAAGAAAAGAAGAAAGAAAAAUUAUCAAAGCUAAAAGAAGAUGAAGGCAGUGAAAAGCAAGAUUCUUCAGAAAAGGUAGCAAAACCAGAACUUAAAAAGAAGUCAAGAAAGGAAGAAAGAAGGGAACGACAACGGGCUCAAUUAAAUAAAGAAUUGGAAGAAAUGGAAUCAUCAAAUUUCUCCGUCUCACAAAGGGAAACAACAGCAAAAGGUGCCAUGCUUGAAAAUGCCACUGAUAUUAAGGUUACAAAUUUCUCUAUUUCUGCGCGAGGUAAAGAGCUGUUUGUGAAUGCCAGUCUGACGAUUGCAGCUGGUAGGAGAUAUGGACUGGUUGGGCCAAAUGGAAUGGGAAAGACCACAUUAUUAUCGCACAUUGCCAAGCGGUCACUGGCAAUACCACCGAAUAUAGAUGUUCUUCUCUGUGAGCAAGAUGUCCAAGCUGAUGAUACACCUGCCUUUGAAGCAGUAUUAAAUUCAGACAAGAAAAGAUUAGCUCUUAUCGAAGAGGAAAAGAAACUACUUGCAGAAUCAGAAGCUGGUAACAACACAAACAGUGAGAGACUUAAACAGGUCUACGAGGAAAUGAUUGCAAUUGGCGCAGACUCGGCUGAGUCAAGAGCACGGCGUAUUCUCUCAGGUCUGCAGUUCACACAGGAGAUGCAGAUGAGGGCGACAAAGCACUUCUCCGGAGGCUGGAGGAUGAGGGUAUCAUUAGCGAGGGCGCUAUUCUUAGAACCGACUUUGCUUCUUCUUGAUGAGCCAACGAAUCACUUAGAUCUUAAUGCUGUUAUCUGGUUAGACAGUUAUUUACAAAAUUGGAAAAAGACACUACUUGUAGUUUCCCAUGACCAGCAGUUCUUGGAUGAUGUUUGUACUGAUAUCAUCCAUUUAGACAACCAGAAACUAGACUAUUAUAGAGGAAAUUUCAACGCUUUUAAGAAAAUGUUGAAACAAAAACAAAGGGAGCAGCUGAAAGAGUAUGAGAAGCAGGAAAAGCGACUACGAGAACUAAAGUCAAGAGGAAAGUCAUCAAAGGCUGCCGAAAAGGAAGCAAAAACCGCACAAUCAAGGAAACAGAAAGGCAACAAGAGCAAGGGAGACCCUGUAGGAGAGGAGGAAGCACCUGUGGAAUUACUCAAGAAGCCUCGGGAGUACACUGUCAAAUUCAAAUUCCCAAGUCCACCUCCUCUUAACCCACCUAUUCUCGGUCUGCACAAUGUUAAGUUUGGUUAUCCAGAUCAACCACUACUAUUUAAAAACCUGGAUUUUGGUAUUGAUCUAAGUUCAAGAAUUGCAAUAGUGGGACCCAAUGGAGUAGGCAAGAGUACAUUUCUUAAAUUACUCAGCGGAGAGUUAACACCGCUUGAAGGAGACCACACCAAGAACCAUCGUCUCAGGAUAGGUGUGUUUAACCAGCAUUCAGCUGACCAGCUGACAAUGCAUGAGUCACCAGUUGAAUAUUUACAGCGUAAUUUCAAUCUAGAUUAUCAGAAUUGUCGUAAGCUUCUUGGUCAGUUUGGUCUAGCAGGUCACGCACACAACAUCAAGAUUUCAGACUUAUCCGGUGGACAAAAAGCGAGAGUGGCUUUAGUGGACAUGUCCAGCCGUCAACCGGAUGUUAUUAUUCUGGAUGAACCCACAAACAACCUGGAUAUAGAGUCUAUAGAUGCAUUGGCAGAUGCUAUCAAUGAAUAUACUGGAGGUGUGAUAAUAGUUAGUCAUGAUGCCCGUCUCAUUCUUGAGACCGAGUGCCAGUUGUGGGUCGUAGAGGACAAAGACAUCAACGAGAUUGAUGGUGACUUUGAUGACUACAAGAGAGAAAUAUUAGAAGAACUGGGUGAAAUUGAAAAAGAAGUGAACAACAAGAAGAACCAAAAGAAGAAAUAAAUUAUUCUACAUCAUUUCAUGGAUAAUAAUUGUGAUAUUUAUUUAAGACACAGGGGUCCCAAGUCUCCUGCAAGUUGUAGGAGUCUUCUGGGAAUCAGGACGGCCUCCUGCACUCCCGCAAGCAAGCAAGAAUCUCACAGAAAAUGAACCAUCUAAACCAUCACAGCUACUAUACCUUCGGAUAAUCCAUCACCAUCGCGGAAGCCAGUGCAGAUGGAUAUUAUCUUGCAGCAAAAUAAAAUUAAAUGUGUUAAAAAGGCUCAUUUCAUCAAAUCUCUCGGAAGUGACUUCUUCCAAAUUGGACCUCUGAAGACAUAUCAACAAAAAUUCUUAGAAUCAACAGUAGUAGCAGCACUCAUUUACAGCAAAAGAUAUUGAAAGUGUAAGAUCAAAAUUUUAAGAAUGCUGGAGAGGUCUGAAGAUGAAACCUCUUUCAAAGGCAACAAAUAGACUGAUUCCAUAAUGGGCGUCACGUAACUUAGCUUGGGUCCUGGAUGUAAAAAAUUCACUGGCACAGCGGUGUUUUACAUUGAGAUUGCUAUUGCGGCCGUCUCUUGUCAUUGCUGUGAAGUUCAUCAAAACUCCCAAUAAACUACACCAAAUUGAUUGGAAAUUAAACAUGAGCAUUUUGCCUUAAAGGCUUGCUAAUGCUCCAAAGGAUACCGACCGCAAACAUUAAGAUUUUUCGUCAGAUGUCAGGGCCUAGACGAUUUUAAAGCUAGCUAGGGUUUACGAAGGAUCACUUAAAUUCAAAGCAUACAAUGCUAGGAGAAAUCAAGGAUAAAUAAACACUAUUUUGAACAAUU